AUGCCUCUGCUGUCGGCCGAAGAUGAGUGGUCACCGCUCAAAGCCGUCAUUGUUGGUCGCGCAGAGGGGUCUGCAUUUCCGUCCGAGCCUUCCCGGAUGAUGAAGGCGACAAUGCCGGUGGAACAUCUGGCCAAUUUCAGGCAGUCCAAUCCGUUUCCUGCAGAUAUCAUUGCCAAAGCCCAGGAAGAGCUCGACCACUUAGCCGCAAUACUGCAGGCACUCGGCAUCCGUGUCUACCGUCCCAAGGAGAUCAACUGGCUAAAGGUCGGUGGUUAUACGGGAGCCAUGCCACGGGAUGGGCUGAUGACGGUCGGCCACACCAUUAUCGAAGCACCUUUCGCAUGGAAGUGCCGCCGCCACGAAAUUCAACUUGCGUAUGCAGACAUCCUAGACGAGCUGAUCAGCAGUGGCUCAUUCAGAGUCUGUCGCGCGCCUUUGAUCGUAGGGGAGGACACUCUCUACGACCAUGUUGUCGACUCAACAGCUACUAGCAAUGGCGGUACCAAGAACAAGCAAUGGGCCAUCAACAAUUCGCGGCCGGCGUUUGAUGCAGCAGAUUUUAUGCGCUUUGGGAAAACAAUUAUUGGACAAUUAAGCCAUGUCACCAAUCUUAAAGGUGUGCAGUAUCUGCAAGCUCUGGUCUCCAACAGCUACUGCGUGGAAAUUCUUGCCACGACCGACGAGCACGCGAUGCACAUUGAUGCUACUAUCCUGCCACUUCGUAAGGGGCUUUUAGUGUAUAACCCAGAACGCGUGACGGAGAUUACGGGCGACUGUAGGCCAGACUGUCUCAAAACGCAUUUGGGAAGAAAAUUUGUCAUUACGUAUACCCUACUGUGA